AUGAAUUUGAUAAGUGUUUUUUUAAUUUUGAAUAAGGUAUUUAUCAUGGGUCCACGUGUACGUCGUAAUGUCAAAACCGCUACAAGCCCUUCAUGUCAAACUGAAGGGCAAUAUUUUGUUGUUACUUGGACAGAAUCCAAGCAAAUGGAAACUAUACCUUCUGCUUAUUUGAGAAAUACAACGGGUACAAUAUCGUUAUAUAAUGAGUAUUUUUUUCAAAUUGGAAAUGAUCGUGAAAAUAAAAAAAAAGGAAAAGUAAUGUUAAAAGUACCACCAACAAAAGCAAAUAAAACAACAGACCAAGCACAGGUCUCUGCGACAUUACCAAAAGGAACACAACCAUCACCGCCGGCAAUUACUACACAAGCACUGUUGGUCGAUCAAACUGACGAUAAUGAAAAAGAAAAUGAGAAUAAUAAAACAAUUAUAAUUGAAAAUAUUCUAUCAACAGUAACAGAAGACCACCUUUAUGAUUUUUUCGUCGAUACAGGCGAUAUAAAGCACAAUAAUACAACUGGUGCUGCAGUAAUGGAGUUUGUUCAGGGAAAAUUUUGUACUAUUACGUUUGAAGAUCAUAAAGCAGCUGAAAGAGCUGUCGUUUUAUACGAUAGUACUCCAUUGCUAAGUGUUACAAAUCCGUUAGCAAAUGUUUCCACUGGUAUAACUUCAACAAUUGGUUGUAUUCCAAUGUGCACAAAUGUAUCUUGUGCAGCUGAAAGGACUCAUUUAAAAGCUGAAAUUGCCCGCCUUACAGUUAAGCUCAAACAUACGCAGAAUACGUAUAUUGGUUAG